CCCUAUGACGGGGAGAUCUGCCUCCGGCUUUCUGUAUGCGUGGAAGGGAGUCUUGUGUGCGUGCUUGCCGGGAAGUAAAACCGGCAAGGGGAAAGAAAUGAGCCGUCAGACUGCUACCGCACUACCUACAGGUACUUCAAAGUGUACGCCAUCGCAGAGGGUGCCUGCACUGACUGGCACUACAGCUUCCAAUAAUGACUUGGCUAGUCUCUUUGAGUGUCCUGUGUGUUUUGACUAUGUGCUGCCACCAAUUCUUCAGUGUCAGAGUGGCCAUCUUGUUUGUAGCAACUGUCGCCCCAAACUUACCUGCUGUCCAACUUGCCGAGGCCCGCUGGGCUCCAUUCGUAACCUGGCUAUGGAGAAAGUUGCCAAUUCUGUACUAUUCCCAUGUAAAUAUGCCUCUUCCGGAUGUGAGAUAACUUUGCCACACACAGAAAAAGCAGACCAUGAGGAGCUGUGUGAGUUUAGGCCUUACUCCUGUCCAUGUCCCGGUGCUUCCUGUAAAUGGCAAGGUUCUCUGGAUGCUGUAAUGCCACAUCUGAUGCAUCAACAUAAGUCAAUUACAACACUUCAGGGAGAAGAUAUAGUGUUCCUUGCUACAGACAUUAAUCUUCCUGGUGCUGUUGACUGGGUUAUGAUGCAGUCUUGUUUUGGCUUUCAUUUCAUGUUAGUAUUGGAGAAACAGGAAAAAUAUGAUGGUCACCAGCAGUUCUUUGCAAUUGUGCAGCUGAUAGGAACACGCAAGCAAGCAGAAAACUUUGCUUAUCGACUUGAGUUAAAUGGUCAUAGGCGGCGAUUGACUUGGGAAGCAACUCCUCGAUCUAUUCAUGAGGGAAUUGCAACAGCCAUUAUGAAUAGUGACUGUCUAGUCUUUGACACCAGCAUUGCACAGCUCUUUGCAGAAAAUGGCAAUUUAGGCAUCAAUGUAACUAUAUCCAUGUGUUGAAAUGGCAAUCAAACCUCUUCAGGCCAGUGUUUAAAACCGUUGCAUUUAAUUUAGCAGAAACUAGGGUAACCAUCUUUGACUGUCAGACAAAUUAUUUGGUAGAUGGAGGGUAGACAUAUAUGAAGGUAAAUAAAAGGAAAGGCUGUUAAAUUACAGGAAGCAGUUGCAUGUAGUAACACUAAUAUAUUUAAAAUAAGUCAACAGUAAACCACUGAAAAUAUAUAUACACCCAAAAUGGGCAUCUUUUGUAUUAAGAAUUGAUUCUACAGGAAAUAUUGUAAAAUAAUUCUAAAAACUUGUUUGUAGAUUGAUUGUACUGUUGAAAAGGAUACUGUUUCGUGUUUUUGUUUGUGUUUUCUUCCUCCCCCCCUUUGACUGACAAGCCAUGUUGAGCGGACUGGUCUC